AUGGCGGCCCCGGCCCCAUCCACCACCCCACACCAGCAAAACCCCCAUCAGCCAGCAGCAGACGCCGACCUCCACGCUCUCUCACGUCUCUCCUCCUCCGCCCCCACUGCUGCCACAUCCCAGCCACCCUCGGCCUCCCGCACUCCCUCAGUGUCUGCCCCUGCACCUGUAGACACCCCUCGAACAUCUAAUCACCCGACCCCCCAAGCACCAAACUCUACCCUGUCCACAGAUCUCUCCCACUCCCAUUCUCACACCCCACAGCCUCCGCGCCAUUAUCCAUCUUACCACGAGCCCCACACUCUCGGCAUCCACGAUUCAAUCGCUCAAGCUCCCGACCCCAAACCGGGAGACUUUAUGCCGCCCAGGCUGGGGGAGGACGACGCCGACGACGUGUUUGAUCUGGACGCGCUGAAGGGUCAGGUGGAUGAUGAUAUACCAGGAAGCCCGACUGCCAAGUUGAUGAGGGUGAUUGCGCCACAACAGGCUGUGCAGCAGGUGCCGGUAUGGCCCCAGCCGCCUCCCAACGCGAGUGUCAACCUCUUUAUUGGACGUGCAUUGUUAUCACAUGGCAAUGACAACUGGCCAUUGAAACCCAAUGACAUUGUCAAUUGGAUAAGGAAACACUAUCCCUCCGAAUGGGACGGCGAUGAAGGUCGCUGUUCUGCCCACCGCGUCCGCACCUAUCUCGCCCGUAAAGGCGCCGACAUGUACUACGAAAAGCUCACGCAGGGCUCCAUUGCCGGCUGGCGUAUCCGCCAGAACCAUCUCUGGCGGUUUGAAAACGGCGGUUUCCAAGGACGGGGGAUGAAGCAAGAAGAAGCAAUCGCCAAUGCGCAAAAGGAGAGCGAGAUGGUCGCGGCAGCGGGCAGGAAAGCGGCGGCGGCUGAAGCUUUGGCGGCGGGCCAUCCUGGAGUCAAGGUGUCGAUGGGGUCACCAGGGAUGGUAGCCGACAGUAGUAGCAAUGGAUCGGGGGUGCCUCAGCCGAAAAGGCCGAGGCUGAAGGCGCCGGUGAUCAAGAAGCGCCAAUUCGGCAAGCGAGACGAGAUCCCGGGCUUUGCGCAUCUGGGUAUGGAGGCGCUGCAAGGAGACUUUUCUUUCCAGCCUGCCCCUGCUUCUCAACAGUCACAACAUCAACAACAGCCUCAGGAGGAAGAGCUUGACCAGCAAUCGCUGUACUCUACCCUCGAACAAGCUGCGGGCCCCUCGAGCCAAGUCCAUCAUGCCGAUGGCAAUGGCCAGUACAAUCCCCUACACGAAGACCACAACACCCUGAACUUUGACGAGUCGGGUAUCCCUUCAUCCUCCCACCACAAUAUACCUUCAGCUGGUGGGGAUGAAGAUCCAAACUCGGUCGAUAUCAACAUGGUACAACAAGCCAUGCAGGCGGCGGCGGGACAGAUGGAUGAUCUGGAGAUGGGGAUGCAGCUGCCGAUUGAGAUGCAGAUGCAUUCGGCGGAGCACGAUGAUGAGCAAAGGGAUUACGAGUAUAGUGCGAAUGGGUAUGGGUAUAAUGGUUAG